CUUCCGCGUGCGUGCCGGGGCCGGAUAGGGCAGCGGCGGCCCGGGCCAGGCGGGCAUGGGUCAUGGCUCCGCUCUCGCUGCAGCUGGCGGUUCUCUACGCGGCGCUGGGAGCGGCGCUGGCGGCCGCGGCCCUAAUACUGGUCUCCCUCGUGGCGUUCGUGACCGCGCGGGACAUGCCUCCGCUGCACCGGCACGAAGGGGAGAGGUUCUUCCUGAACGCCAGGGGGCGCAAGGAGGCCCUGCCCGGCCUCGGGGACCCGCCCACCAAGCGGCUCUCGGUGGUGGUGCCGGCCUACAACGAGGAGAAGCGGUUGCCCGUGAUGAUGGAUGAAGCCCUAGGCUACCUGGAAGAGAGACAGAGACGCGACCCCACCUUCAGCUACGAGGUGAUUGUCGUCGACGACGGCAGCAGAGACCAGACGUCGAAGGUGGCCUUCGAGUACUGCCAGACACACGGGAGCGACAAGGUGCGCGUGGUCACGCUGGCGAAGAACCGGGGGAAAGGCGGCGCCGUGAAAAUGGGCGUCUUCAGUUCCCGCGGGGAGAGGGUCCUCAUGGCGGACGCCGACGGGGCCACGAGGUUUGCGGACGUGGAGAAGCUGGAGAAGGGACUCGAGGGUCUGCGGCCGUGGCCGGACCGGAUGGCCAUUGCGUGCGGGUCUCGGGCUCACCUGCAGGAGGAGUCCAUUGCUCAGCGCUCCUACUUCCGCACGCUGCUCAUGUACGGCUUCCACUUCCUGGUGUGGUUCCUCUGCGUCCGCGGGGUCCGCGACACGCAGUGCGGGUUCAAGCUGCUCACCCGGGAGGCGGCGUCCCGGACCUUCUCCUCGCUGCACGUGGAGCGCUGGGCGUUCGACGUGGAGCUGCUGUACAUCGCGCAGCGCUUGCGGAUCCCCAUAGCCGAGGUCGCCGUGGCCUGGACCGAGGUCGAAGGUUCCAAGCUGGUCCCGUUUUGGAGCUGGCUGCAGAUGGGCAAGGACCUGCUGCUCAUCCGCCUGCGCUACAUGACCGGGGCCUGGCGGCUCGCGCGGGCCGGGAAGGCGGAGUAGCGCGGCGCCGGCCGGGUGUGCUGCGCGUCACGGCGUUUUCCAGCGGAAUUAAAAUUUUACGUGAAGUUAGGAUGGACCUCUGCCAUUGUCUGCCUUUUGAUAAUUUUAAUGAACGCCCAUAAGUAAAUAUUUUUAUACAUCUUUUGGACACAAAAAAAUUUUUAAGGUGUUUAUAACAAAAGUCAAGUUGUCUUUUGCUUUAGAAAUUUUAUUUAGAUUAUAACUAUGAUUCUGAGAAACAAUUCUUAAGCAAGACAGAAGGAAUUAUUUUUACUCUAAAGUAUCUUGCAUAAUUCUUAGGUACUUAAAUGUAAACUACAAUCACUUAACAGUAACUAGGGAUUUACAGAGAAAGUUAACAUGUUUAUCUUAUUUUUUAUUUUUUAAAGGCAUGGAAGUAUGUGAUUUAUUGUUUUUAUUUAAAUCAUUUUUUAUUUUUCAAUUACAGUUGACACAUAUAAUUAGAUCCAGGUGCAUACCUCAUUAGACAUUCCAUAACUUAAUAAGUGACCACCCCAAUAAAUACUGUGCCCACCUGA